GUGACUGACCGAAAAAAAAAUGUUUUUGCUAAUUGUCAAAAACUGUGAAAAUUUUGACAUUUUUGUACAUUCGACAUUGUUCCGGUAUUUCACAAAAAAAAAUUAAUGGCUAAUUCUCGUAUUCAUAAGUGUGUUCUUUACUUUAAAUUAUUAUUUAAUCCCAUAUCAAAAUCAAGGUCGCCAAAGCUUCUGUCACUAGAAAUUAGUAACGUUCCUCGGAGACACUAUGCGAAGUGCCCACCGUUGGGAGGAGGGGGAGCAGGAGGGGGGUCCAAAAAGCAGAUUGAUCCGCGAAGAAUAUUCAAAGUCUAUAGAUAUGGAGGCAUAGCCACAAAAGAAGUUCCAAAGAUGCAAACCUUCGAACUUGACGUCUCUAAAUGCGGUCCGAUGCUUCUUGAUGCAAUGAUCAAACUCAAAGAUAUGGAUCCGACAUUCAGCUUUAGAAGAUCCUGUCGAGAAGGUAUCUGUGGAUCGUGCGCCGUUUGUCUCCAAGGUAAAAAUUGCUUGGCAUGUAUUACAGCGAUACCACAAGCUAAAACCAUUACUAUUCACCCCAUACCGCACAUGUAUGUCAUCAGAGAUCUGGUGGUGGAUAUGACCCACUUUUUGAAUCAGUACAGCACAAUCCGACCAUAUCUUAUAAGGAAGAGUACGCCUCGUAGUAUGGGACAGUUCCAAUACGCUCAAAGCGAUGAAGAUUGGCACAAGUUCGUGGGGUUGUAUGAGUGUGUGUUAUGUGCAUGUUGUGCAACUUCUUGCCCUAGCUAUUGGUGGAACGGGCGCAGAUUCCUUGGGCCGGCCUCAUUACUCCACGCCUACCGAUGGGUGAUUGACUCCAGAGAUGAAGAUAGUGUGAACCGUCUAUGCGAACUACGGGAUGACUUCAAAGCAUUCCGCUGUCACACGAUCUUAAAUUGUGUUUUGGCGUGUCCCAAAGGACUGAACCCAGGGUUGGCUAUAGCUAGACUAAAACGCCUUAUCACUGGAUUAGACAAGAAACAAGUACCAGGUAUGGAUCCCUUGAAAUUGAGUGGUGGCGGUGGUGGUGGCGGGACAUCUAGUUUAGAGUCUUGUAUCCAAUCAAAAUCUGGUAAAUAA